ACUUGUUCUUCAUUACUGUUUAACAGUUUAAAUUAAAUUUUGGUUUAAAAUAUAACAUUGCUAUAAUUACAAUGUCCGUAAAAAAGUCUGCUAAACUAAACUUUAUGUCUGGCGAUUUUGAUGAAUCUAACUUUUUAAAAAUCUCGCCUAAGAACAAAAAGGUACAAAAGCGGCAAAGAAUUGAAGCACAAGAGGAGGAAAAUUCAACAGCUAAUAAUAUCACAGCAUAUAAGAAAAAGAAAAACGUUGAAAGUAAAGAAAUUGGCAGCGAGCCGCGUCAAAAAUUGGUGAAUGUUAUGAAUGACCAAAUUCUAACGAGGAAACAAACAUACGAAAAUUUACUCAAAAGUUUAAUGGAAGUUGUAACUAAUCUAGAGGCAGAUUACAAUGUUUUAAAAGAAAAUGAACAGAAGCUGGAACACCUAACAGGAUCAUUCAUCAAAUGCAUUCAGCAAGCUACUAACUCACAUAAACAAAAAUUGAAGACUUUGAAAGAAAUUCAUGGUGCAUUUAAAAAAGAAUGUGAAGAAAUGGAAGCAGAUCAUAAAGCAGAAACCAAUAAACUUGGAGAAGAAUUAGAAGAGGAUAUGAGAAAAUUGCAAGAAAAUCUUGUUUCAAAAAUAAAGCGUAAUGAAUGGGAAAAUUUGCAAAAAACCUUCUUUCAAGCAAUGCAAAAAAAUUUUUAA